AUGGCUACUGCACUUAAUUCAUCAUCGACAAUGGAAAAUAUAAAUCUCUCAGAUACUUCAAUUGGUAAAUUACCUGAAGAAAGUUCAGUACUUGUUGUUGGUGCUGGUGGUAUUGGAUGUGAAUUAUUAAAAUCAUUAGCUUUAUGUCGAUUUCGUUCAAUUGGUGUUAUUGAUCUUGAUACAAUUGAAGUCUCAAAUUUAAAUCGACAAUUUUUAUUUCGUCGUGAACAUGUUGGACAAGCUAAAGCAACCGUUGCAUGUGAUAGUAUUCGUCGUCUUUGUCCUUCUAUACAUAUCGAACCAUUUCAUGGUGAUGUUAUAACUGAUUCACGUUUUGAUAUAUCAUUUUAUAAACAAUAUGAUCUUGUUAUAAAUGCACUUGAUAAUGUUCAAGCACGACAACAUGUUAAUCGUAUGUGUUUAUUAUGUUCAAAACCUUUAAUUGAUAGUGGUUCAACGGGUUAUAAUGGACAAGCAACAUUAAUAUUUAAAGGUCGAACACAAUGUUAUGAUUGUAUUGAAAAACCUAAACAACAACGAACCUAUGCAGUAUGUACUAUUCGUAAUACUCCAUCACAACCAAUACAUUGUAUUGUAUGGGCAAAAUUUCUUUAUAAUCAAUUAUUUGGUGAUAAUGAUGAUCCAAAUAAUGAAGAUGUGACACCAGAUGCUGAUGAUCCAGAAAAUGCUUAUAAUGAACAAGAAACAACAACAACGACAACAACAACAAAUGGACAUCAUAAAAUAUCAACACGUGAUUGGGUUCAUACAGAAUUAGAAGAAUUUCAUCCAAUAAGUGUUUUUAAUAAAUUAUUUUUUGAUGAUAUUAAUUAUUUAAUAACAAUGAAAAAUUUAUGGGAAAAACGACGACAACCAAUUGCAAUUCAAUAUGAACAAGCAUUUCAAUUAAAUGAACUACAUCAAAAUGGUCAAAAUAAUCAUGAAAAUUCAACUAUGCCUAAACUUAAUGAUCAACGUAUACAAUCCAUAAGUGAUUAUGUUCAAAUGUUUAUUGAUAGUUUAAAUGAACUUAAACAACGUUCAGAUAAACAACGAAAAUUAGCUGCAUCAAGUAAAGAACCACCCUUUCUUAUUUGGGAUAAAAAUGAUGAUGCUGAUCUUCGUUUUGUAACAGCAUCAGCUAAUUUACGUUCCUAUAUAUUUGGUAUUAAUCUCACUAGUAAAUUUGAUGUUAAAUCAAUGGCAGGAAAUAUCAUUCCAGCUGUUGCAACAACAAAUGCGAUUGUUGCUGGUAUAACUGUAUUACAAGCGCGAAAAAUUCUUUCGAGUUUACCACGUUCAUCAACUGAUCAUACAUUAACAUCACUUAAACAAUUAACAAAUGUAUUUAUAUCAACUAAUCGUAGUACAGGUGCAAUUAUACAAUCAAUCCUAUUAGAAGAACCAAAUCCAUCAUGUAUACAAUGUAGUGAUCUUGAACAACCAGUACGUGUUAGAAUAAAUAUGUCAUUAUUUACAUUAUAUUCAUUAUAUGAACGUUUAAUACGUAAACAUUUAAAAAUGAAUAAACCUGAUGUUAUUAUUGCUGAUGGUAGUGGAAGAAUAUUAAUAUCGGCUGAUGAUGAUGAAGAAGAUGAACAAAUGAUGUUAAAAACACUUGAUCAAUUUAAAUUAAUGAAUGGAACGAUAUUAUUAUGUGAAGAAGAAUAUGAUGAUAAAACAAAUGAAGCAUUAUAUCAACAUAUGAAAAUAAAAUUAAUGCUUGAACAUACAGAUACAAUUACAGAUAAAGAUGAAUAUAUUAUUGUUGAUGAUCAAGUUAUUGGUGAAAUCAAACAAAUCAAACAAUCAUUAAAACGAAAAUUAUCUGAAGAUGAUGAUGAUGAUGAUAAUAUUCAACAUUUAGAUGAUUAUCAAAAUGAAUUAAAUAUUGUUAAAAAAACAAAAAAAUUAUCAACAACACAUGAUGAACAUAAUAAUAAUAAUAAUAACAAUAAUGGACCAAUGCAUACAAGUUUUGUUAUGCUUGUUGAUGAUCCAGUACCAACACAUACAAAUGGGCAUCAUACACAUCAAGAAACAUCAGAAAAUAAUACAAAAAAUCAUAUACAAAUUUGUGAUGACAGUUCUACCUCAAACGAUAGCAAUAGUUGUGUAAUAUUAGAUGAUGACAUUCAAACAAAUUCAAAGCCGGUUAAUAACACAGAAAAACAUGAAAUUAUUGCUGAUGAUGAUGAUGAUGAUGAUUGUUAUUGUACUGAUAUUACUGAAUUAUAA